AAUAAAUAAAAAAUGAAAAUGAGUUUUGAAGAAACUGUUGAAAUUAAUGAAAUUAUUCAAGAUCAUCGAAAGCUUUUAGAUUGGUCAGCAUUAAAAAAUAAAACAACAGCAAAUACAACUGAAUUUGUUUUACCAAUUGAUAUGGUAUUUAAUGACGGUCAUGUUUUAUCAAUAACAGUUUAUAGUAUAUUAAUGACAGCUUCAGCACUUGGAAAUAUUACACUAUUAUAUUUAUUAUUAAGAGAUCGAACAAGAUGUGCUUCUAGAAUUGAUAUUAUGUUAAUAAAUUUAUGUAUUGCUGAUCUAUUAGUUACAUUUUUAAUGAUGCCAACUGAAAUAGCAUGGUCAUGGACUGUUAUAUGGGUUGCUGGUGAUUUAAUGUGCCGAAUAAUGGCAUUCUUUCGUACAUUCGGUUUAUAUUUAUCAAGUGCUGUUCUAGUAUGCAUAUCAAUUGAUAGAUACUAUGCAGUACUUAAACCAUUUAAAAUUUCUGAAACUCGUGGUAGAGGAAUGCUUACUAUAGCAUGGAUUUCAUCAACAGUACAUAGUGUUCCGCAGGCUUUUAUCUUUCAUGUAGAAAGUCAUCCAAAAGUAAAAUGGUUUGAACAAUGUGUAACAUUUCAUAGUUUCCCAGAUGAAAUCUAUAAUGUUUUAUAUUCAGUUAUGUGUAUGCUAGUUAUGUAUGCAAUUCCACUUGUUGUUAUAACAUUCUGUUAUGCAUCAAUUUAUAUUGAAAUAUAUAAGAAAUCAAAAAAUUUAUCUUAUAAAACGGAACUUUUCCGUAGAUCAAAUGAUGAUGUCCUUUGUAAAGCAAAACAAAGAACAUUAAGGAUGACAGUAACAAUUGUUAUAGUUUUUGUUGUCUGUUGGACACCAUAUUAUGUAAUGUCAAUAUGGUAUUGGUUAGAUAGAGAAUCAGCAAUGUUAAUUGAUCAAAAAAUUCAAAAAGGAUUAUUUCUAUUUGCAUCAACAAAUUCAUGUAUGAACCCAUUGGUUUAUGGAAUAUUUAAUAUACGAAGUAAUAAACGUGAAAGAACAGUUAGUUUUCGUAAUACAUUUAGACAGAGGCAAUAAAAAUAAUAAUGUUUUAGAAAGAAUUUAAGUUAUAAUAUGAAAAUACUCAUUAAAUACUAUAUACA